AUGGCCGUCCCUCAUCUUGACGUCUUGACUGUCGACACUGAAACGUUGCAGGCCUUUUUGGAAGAGGGAUCGAUCAAAAGUUCUCAUCUCGUCGACCUCUAUCUAGAUCAAAUUCAACGCCAUGACGACUAUCUUCACGGCAUGCUCUCGAUGCCGUCGAGGGAGGCGCUUCAAAAAAUCGCGGUGGCUUUGGAUGCGGAGAGGGCAGCUGGCAAAGUCAGAAGCAAACUUCACGGUAUCCCGGUCAUUCUGAAGGACAACAUAAAUACGCAUCCCGAGCUUGGUAUGAAAAGCACUUCUGGGAGUCAAGCGCUUCAAGAUGCUCGACCUCGAGAAAAUGCGCGCCUAGUGGAUAAGAUUAUUGCUGCUGGUAUGAUAAUUCUGGGCAAAGCAAAUUUGAGCGUAACGACUAGGGGAGAGCGCCUGCCCAGCGGUUGGUCUGCUCUAGGCGGCCAGUGUCAAUCGCCGUAUGUUCGUGGCGGAGUGCUUGCAAACGACUCAAAAGACGGUCAUAGCAGCCCUUCAGGGUCUUCUUCUGGGCCAGCUGUUGUCGUGGCUGCCGGUUAUACGCCGCUCAGUGUGGGCACAGAGACGGAUGGAUCGCUGAUUUGCCCGGCCGGCCGUGCUUCGGUGUACACCAUCAAGCCGACAAUUGGCCUUAUAUCUCAAAAAGGACUGAUUCCAGUUUCUCAUACCAUGGACUCUGCGGGACCAAUGGCCAAGACCCCUUAUGAUAUCGCCGCCUUCCUAGACGUUCUCAGGGAAGAAGAUACCCCUGGGUGUCCGGCUGGUGGGUAUACGAGCGUGCUUCCUGGAUCUAUGAGUGAAUUUUCUGUCGCUGCUGUGGACUACACGGAAUGGAUAUUUCCGCCAGCGUAUAUGGCACCAGAGGAGAGUGCUACAGCUGAAAUGAAUCGCAAAUUUCAAGACGCAUACGACACGUUAAAGCUCAAAGCACGCAAGUUCUCCGAGAAAGUGCCUCUUAUCAAGCCAGAAGCGGCCGCUAUCGAUGGACAAAGCUGCAAGCUGAUGAUCAUGCUGACGGAUUUUCGUAAAGAUUUUCAAGCGUAUCUUGACGAUCUCGAGUUCGCACCAGUCAAAAAUCUACAAGAACUAAUCGAUUACAACAGGGAACACGCUGAUAUUGAACUCCCACCAGGCCAUUCAAACCAGAAAAUUUUGGAGCAAGCCGCGGAUUUGAACUUGACAGAGGCUCAGUACCAAAAAUAUCUCGACAAGAUUCGCAAAGUCUCUAGGGAUGAAGGAAUUGACUAUAUUCUUGACAAAUAUGACGCUGAUGUCAUAAUUGGACCGGCAGAUAGUGGACUAUCUACCCAUGCCAGUGGAAGUGGCUAUCCUAUUGCAGGUAUGCCACUUGGCUACCUACAAAUGAACGGAAGAGCAUUCGGCUUAGUUGCUAUCGCGAGGAAGCAUCAAGAAGCGACUCUUAUUAAAUUUCUCUCUGCGUGGGACAUCACUUUUAAUCCUCGAAGGCCUCCUCCGAUGCUGGCAAACAAAUCAGCGGAACUUGAUGCAGACUAG